ACCAUUCACUUCUUGUCUUGGCAAUUAUAUUAACCCUUUUCGCCAAAGGUUGCUUAAUGAUAUACACUUGAUUUUAGUCACAACUCCUAUGAACGCGUGAUUGAUUUCAUAAAUACUCUGAUUAAUUAGUGAUUAAGCUUCAUCAUCAAGUGUUAAUUAAUGGAGUUUUUCGGAAAAACCAAGGUAGUGAAGCUUCGGAGCCACAUGAACAAGUACCUGGUGGCCGACGAAGACGGCGAGAAGGUCCACCAGAGCAGGAGCGGCUCCGGGAGGAGAGCAGCAUGGACUGUGGAGCCAGUGAAGAACAACCACCGCGUGAGGUUCAAGAGCUGCCACGGGAAGUACUUAACCGCGACGGAGACGCCGUUUCUGUUGGGGAUGACGGGGAAGAUGGUGAAACAAACGGAAGGGGGUGUGGAUGGGAAGGAAGAGUGGGAACCGAUACGGGAUGGGUUUGAGGUGAAGCUGAGGAGCUGGUGCGGGAAGUUUCUGAGGGGGAACGGUGGCACGCCGCCGUGGAGGAACACGGUGACGCAUGAUGAACCACAUAGCUCCGCCACGAGGGAUUGGGUUCUGUGGGAGGUUGAGGCGGUGGAGGAGGAUGAGAAUUCGAUUGUGGAUGAGUUUCCUGAGAGUGUGUUGUCCUCUUUUGCUAAUUCUGAUGAUCUCUCCGUCGCUGGUUCUGAUGAACCGUCGUCGCCGAUGUCCGUUUUCAGUCUCACUUCUCCGACGCCGGUGCGAAAUUUUCAGGCAGUGAGCUCCAACAAAUUCAGAACAGGCAUGGACUUCUUCCACUUCGCCAAGGCGGUGCGCCUCCGCAGCAACCACGACAAAUACCUCCUCGCCGAGGAAGAUGAAGAAUCCGUCACACAAGACCGAAACGGCUCCUCCAAGUCCGCCAGCUGGCUCGUCGAGUACGUCCCUGAAUACGGCAACAUCAUCCGCCUCAAAAGCUGCUACGGCAAAUACCUCACCGCCUCCGACCACCCCUUCCUCCUCGGCAUGACCGGCCGCAAGGUGCUCCAGACACUUCCCUCCUCCACGCUUGACUCCGCCGUGGAAUGGGAACCCAUCAGGGACGGUGGUCGUGUCAAGCUGAAGACCCGCUACGGCAACUUUCUCAGAGCGAAUGGCGGCCUUCCGCCGUGGAGGAACACCGUCACUCAUGAUAUCCCCCACCGGACCGCCACGCAGGAUUGGAUCUUGUGGGAUGUUGAUAUCGUCGAGAUUCAUGUUAAACAACAACAACAACCUUCUGCUCCACCCCUCUCUGUUCCGGACUCUGUUCCCACAAAGCCUGUGGCGGCUCCCACCAUAUCUGCUAGCUUUUCACGGCAACAGUCGAAUGAUAGUGUUGGUUAUUCACCGAAGAAGACGACGGAGGGGCGAACUAUAUACUACCAUGUUGCUGAAGAUGAUGGAGAGGUGAGUGAUGAAGGUGUACAAGGGUAUUCUUUGAUUUUCAAAGGGAAUGGAGUUGAAGAAUUGAAGAGAAAGUUUGAGGAAGAGACAGGGCUAGAGGGAGUGAUUGUGUGUAAUCGGAGUCCUUUGAGUGGGAAGCUUUAUCCUCUUCGCUUGCAGCUUCCUCCCAACAAUGUCACCAUGCAUGUUGUUCUGGUUCUUCCUUUCUCUAAAGUGGCAAGAGAUUUUGAGGCACAAGGUUUCAUAUGAUCAGAAGAAGCUUAGAUUUUUGGAACACAAGGCUCUAUGUACAUACUGAUCCAUCCAUUGCAUUUGUUAAGCAGAAUUCAUCAAGGUCCUAUGGGAAUCAUGGCAGCAAUAAUCAUUCAUUGAUUACAUCCAAUGUAUUAUAUUAUAGGGGGCUAAUACUUCCAAUGUUGGAUUUUGUUAAGGCAUCUUCUACAGUCACACUACCUAUAAUAUUAGCUGUCUUUCAUGUGGAUUCUGGAAUUUUGUUGUUUCAUGAUUUUGUAAUUUUCUGUGCUUCAUUAUUUUUCUCCAGACUAUAAUGAUUAGUGAGGCAUGUGCAUAUAAA